GUUGGAGAUUAAUAAAUAUCAUUCACAAUGGUAAAAAGAGAGUCGAAGUACAAGACCAGCAAGAAGAUUUCUAAGAACACUGCUUUUGCCAUGAACACUUAUAUCUGAGAAGCAGAAAUUAAUCAUAAGUAUUUUCCUUGGUGGAGCGGUCAUAAGCUUAUACCAGAUGACCAAAAAAUUAUCAAAGAGUAUAAUCAACAAUCUGAGAUUCCUACUAUCGAAAUUUACACUGAUAAUUCCCAUUAUGAAGUGAUUGAUAAAAAGAGUCAAAGGAAAAAGAAAAAUAGAACAAAGAAAAAGUUGCAAGAUUAUGCCAAACAAGAAUGUAUUCCUUCACAAACUUCCUGAGAAGAACUGGUCAAGUAUAAAGUUCAGACUGUCAAGGAUCAAACUGAUGAGAAUCCUCAAGCUGACAUUAACAGUGAAGAAUAUGGAUAUCAACAGAAAAUGAUAAACAAAGAAAAGAGAAUGAAAAACAAGAAAACAUUGAUUCUUGAAGGAAACAUCAACCAUUCAUUAAAUCAUGUAGAUGCUCCAGACACAUUUGAGUUUUCCAAGAAGGAACUGAGCAGGUUUAUUGUCAAAGGGGCAGGAACAAACAAUACUCUUGUGAAUGCAAACUACUGGCUCUUAGGAACAUCAUCAAAGCAUAAAGCAAGAUUCAAGGCUCAGCAAAAGAACACGCUUAAUAAAAUCAUUGCAAAUGAGAAGAAUGGAGAUAUUGAGUACAAGGGGAAAAUUCAGAAGGUUCACAGAUUCAAAGCUUUUUCAAAUCGUCCUACUUACCGGAGCUGUUAAAAUUCAAUUUCAG